AUGAGCCCCCUGCCGUUGCACGCGGUGGCCAUCGGCGACGGCCUCACAGACCCGGCCACGCAGGUGCUGACGAAGCCGCAGCAGGCCUUUGCCUUCGGCCUGGUGGAUGAGAAGCAGCUGGCACAGGCCCAGGCCCUGGCGCAGGAGGCCCACGACUUGGCGCUCGCCCAGCGCUACGCUGAUGCCGCGGACAAGCGGAGUGCCAUGGAAGACUUGGUGCCACUUGGCGCAAGGAAUUUGCCGGAGGCAUAG